GAAGCAAAACGUUUCGCCAACAUUGACAAGAGCUGGCAACGCAUAAUGCUACGCGCCCAUGAGAUGUCCAACGUGAUAACCUGCUGUGUUGGCGACGACACACUGAUCCAGCUGCUGCCGCAUAUGUUGGAACAGCUGGAACUCUGUCAGAAGUCGCUGACCGGUUACCUGGAAAAGAAGCGUCUAGUCUUCCCGCGCUUCUUCUUCGUGUCAGAUCCGGCCCUGCUGGAGAUUCUGGGACAGGCUUCGGAUCCCCACACCAUACAGAGCCAUCUGCUCUCGGUGUUUGACAAUACCAAGACCGUUACAUUCGAUGAGAAGGUGUACGAGAAGAUAGUCGCUGUUUGCUCCCAGGAAGGGGAGACAAUUCCCCUGCAGAUGCCUGUUAUGGCCCAGGUGAGUGAAUGGUCCAGAACUACCAUUUUUUGCAGAAAAGGCCUUACAGCGGAUUUAGAGCAUUUUUUUAGUUAUUUCCAAUUCCAACUGCUGGACUUCGAGAACUCCUACAUCGCGCAAGUAGGCCUGCUGGGUAUCCAGCUUCUUUGGACCAGGGACGCUGAAGCCGCCCUCGUUCAAGCCCGAUACGAUAAGGCCAUUAUGCAGGAGACGAAUCAUCGUUUUCUCGAUAUUCUCAACAAACUCAUUGGUGUGACCACGCAAGAGCUCACGAAAAACGAGCGAACCAAAUAUGAAACGCUCAUCACCAUCCACGUGCAUCAAAAGGAUAUAUUUGAUGAUCUGGUGAGUAUGCUCUGUUCCGUAAUCAGCAAUCCUGUCAAGUGA